UUCGCCUACUGCUUUUAGGUUAGGAAGAAUAUUAUACUAUUAUCCAAUAAAAUGCUAAUGCAUCUAAUAGACAUUUGCUUUUUCUUAAAACUAAUCUGAUACUCUGAUGAAACGAUAUCAAUGUAACAAGAUCAAUUAUUUGCAAGUGCCGGUAAUGGACCAACAUCCGGAUUCUCGACAUGGACAUCACCACGAUCGAUCUUAUGAUAAUCCCGUUUUCGAAUCUCCCAGCAGGAAAAUAUCCGCAACGUCUGAACACACAGAAAUAGGUCCUGUCAGAAAAAAAAGUAUUUUAUAUAAACAUAACGAUAUCGAUAUGUUGAGCUGUUCUGGUAGAAGCGAAAGUGGAAGACAAAAUGGUGAUUACAGGUUUAAAAAGAACUCGGAAACAGAAUCUGUAUAUUCCAAAACAAGAUUUGCCCCAGUUCAUGAAGAUAGGUCGUGGUGGUACUUGUUCUGUCUUCAAUGCCGAUCUGACGACGGCCAACAAUCGUGGAAACCCAAAUUUUGGCACAAAUUGUGUCCUUACCCUUUCUGUCCCACGUAUCGACAAUUCACAAGAAUAAUAUCUAUAAGUUUAAUAGGAAUCUUAAGUUGGUGUUUGUUUUAUUCGGUGGUAGGAGAAACGGCAGCUCCACCUGACGGUAAACUGUUCCAACUAAUAUUAUUAACAAUUGCUACUCAUAUCGGUGGAUGGUUGAUGAGUUUGACGACGUUGCCGGCUUUAGUGGGAAUGCUUAUAACUGGAUUCAUUUUUCAAAAUUUGAAUAUCGUUAAUAUAGACGAUUCCUUUUCUUAUAUAUGCAAGGAAUUGAGAAAUGUAGCAUUGGUCAUUAUCUUGAUAAGAGCCGGUUUGGAUUUGGAUCCGAAUGCUUUGAAAAGACUAAAAUUCACAGUCGUUAAAAUAGGAUUAGUACCUUGGUUAGUGGAAGGUUGUUUGACAGCAAUCCUGUCGGUUUUCAUUCUGAAUAUACCUUGGAGCUACGGUAUUCUACUUGGUUCCCUCAUAGCCGCGGUAUCUCCAGCGGUAGUUGUCCCGUGUCUAUUCAGACUCAGAUCGAAAGGGUACGGUGUGGCUAAGGGUAUACCCACAUUGAUAAUAGCCAUAGCCGGUAUCGACGACGCAGCUUCCGUUGCCGCCUUUGGUAUAACCAAAAGUAUAAUUUUUUCAAAUAGUUCCUUAACGAAUUUGAUACUCAUCGGACCGGUUUCGAUAGUAGGCGGUAUUGGAUUCGGCGUCCUUUGGGGUCUUCUAUCUAACUUUGCGCCCGAAAGACACGAUCCGUUUUUGGUGCCGUUGAGGAUUUUGAUGUUGUUAAUUGGCGGUUUGAUAUCGGUGUUCGGUAGCGAGAUGAUCGGUUUCGGGGGCGCGGGGCCUUUGGCUUGUGUGGCGACCGCUUUUUCUUCGAUAUGUUUUUGGUCGAAACAAGGUUGGGAGAUCGAAGAUAACGCGGCCGCUACGGCCUUCGAAAUAUUCUGGAUGAUAUUCGAACCGAUUCUUUUCGGUAUUACGGGUACCGCCAUCAAACUCGACCAACUGGAACCGACGCUCGUUUAUUACUGCCUUGGGAUACUGAUAGUCGUUGUCGUUACCAGGAUAAUUAUUACGGUUAUCCUCGGAAUCGGUUGUAAUUUUAAUUUGAAAGAGAAAAUUUUUAUAGCUCUAGCUUGUACGGCUAAAGCUACGGUACAGGCAGCACUAGGACCGGUUAUUAUAGGGAUGGUUUUAGUCGAUACACCCGAACACGAAUUCGCUAAUAAAGUAUUGACGAUGUGCGUUUUAUGUAUAGUGUUGACAGCUCCGACGGGCGGUAUUUUGAUAACGAUCUUAGGUCCACGAUUGCUUACUAAAACUAAUUUUAUACCCGAACCGGAGACGUGGAAAAGGAGCCACAGACCGUCGAUAAGAGAUAUAAGUAUAAUUGACGAAGAAGAUGAAAAAGAAACGAAUAUUUUUGCGGAAUUACCUACGAUUAGUGUUAAAGCGCCGCAGGAUACUGUGUAAUUUGAUAUUAAGAGAAAAUGGCUUCUCGGUGUAAGUUAGUGAAGUGGAUAUGGCGAGGGUUUUAUGGAUCCUCCAAAUUUUUGGGAAAACGGUGUCAGUUAGAGAGAAAAACUUCGGAUGAAAGUUGUAGUACAUUUAAUUUUACGCAAAAAGUGUCCUUUGAAGUUUCUUUCUAUUACUGAUAUUUACAAAGUUAGGGGGGCUAGAGUUUGGGGGGUGAUAGUUGCAGAUUUAAAAUUGCGAUUUUUCAAUGAAAAUGUUCUGAAAUUUCAGUUUUUAUUUUUUUUGCCAAACGGGAAAAACCAUUCCCGCUUUUGAUGGUUUUCAUUCAGAAAAUAUUUAAAGUUUAGGAAGAUGCAAUUUUAACAAAUUAUUUGGUUAUAAUUUUGCUAUAAACAAUGAAAAAAAUAGUCUGAAAUUAAAAUUUUGAAUGAUGGAAGAAUGUUUGAAUUUUUUUUUGGAAAAUUGCAAUUUUUUAGUAAGUUUAGUAAGUUUUUGGAGAAGUAACCUACAACCCUUAAGUUCUAGUCGCCAUAACUUUGUAAAUAUCAGAAAUAGGGAAAAAAUGCAUGGAAUCAUUUUUGUGUAAAAUUAAAAGAUCUACAACUUCCAUUUGAAGUUUUUUUUUCUAACUUCCACCCUUUUUCCAAAAUUUAGAAAAAACGAUUUUAAUAAAAUUUUUUAACCCUCACCCAGGGGAUGAUUGUAAAACAUUUAAAUAAUGUUAUAAUUGAUGAAAAUUGUUGGAAAGUGCCAUUAGAGUCGUCCAAAUUGGAAAUUUUCAAAUAGUAUACAGGGGAAAACAAAAAAUGACCAUCAGUAUUUUAUAUAAUUUUGAAAUUCAAAUUUUUUCAUGAAAAAUUGUCAAAAAAUCGUUACGAAUUGUAAUUUAUAAUUAUUUAAAUAAUUUUGAUUUUUUUUUCAAAGAAACUUUAGAGCAAUAUUAUUUUUUAAAGCUAUAACUACCAACCCUUAAGUUCUAGUCGCCAUAACUUUGUAAAUAUCAGAAAUAGGGAGAAAAUGCGUUGAAUCAUUUUUGUGUAAAAUUAAAAGAUUCACAACUUUUAUUUGAAGUUUUUUUCUGUAACUUCCACCCUUUUUCCAAAAUUUAGAAAAAACGAUUUUAAUAAAAUUUUUUAACCCUCACCCAGGGGAUGAUUGUAAAACAUUUAAAUAAUGUUAUAAUUGAUGAAAAUUGUUGGAAAGUGCCAUUAGAGUCGUCCAAAUUGGAAAUUUUCAAAUAGUAUACAGGGGAAAACAAAAAAUGACCAUCAGUAUUUUAUAUAAUUUUGAAAUUCAAAUUUUUUCAUGAAAAAUUGUCAAAAAAUCGUUACGAAUUGUAAUUUAUAAUUAUUUAAAUAAUUUUGAUUUUUUUUUCAAAGAAACUUUAGAGCAAUAUUAUUUUUUAAAGCUAUAACUACCAACCCUUAAGUUCUAGUCGCCAUAACUUUGUAAAUAUCAGAAAUAGGGAAAAAAUGCAUGGAAUCAUUUUUGUGUAAAAUUAAAAGAUCUACAACUUCCA